GAAAUCUUUCGAAUGGCUUGGACACGGUUGACGUUUGCGGGCUCUGACGGACUUUAGUCGGUGUCACGUCGGAUAGAGUUCUGUUCCGGUGGGGUUUUUUUUGUUCUUUAGCCGCGUGUGUGCGUGUUUGUUUAUUUUUUGUUUUGGUUUUUGUGACCCAAUCAGUGGUGUUUGGCGUGGUUUCUUUCACGACAUUCUCGUUUCAAUGGUUUAAACCCUAAUACGCACCUCGACAAGCUGUUUGCCACCACUAGACAAAGAAAUGUUCUACAAACGUCAAUACUGUUCUCUGGCAGGCCGGAGCAACAAUGCGCACAGUAGCAACACAAACAACUACACCAACAACACCUGACAUAGUGACAAGCACACCGCCGCCUACUAAUGUGUGUACGUGAGUGUGUGUAGACUGGUUGCUACUGUCAACGGCAACAGUUUUGUGUGUGUGCGUAUUUGUGCGUGAACAAGUAGACCUUGAGUUGUUUUUUUUCCCUGUGUCCAAUCCCUGCUUCCGUGUCAUCUGUCACUAGCAGCAUCUUACACCAACAGUCCAGGAUCGACCACACGGAGAAGUUGCUAGGAUAUGUGACUGUGCAGGUGUGUGUGGGUGUGCGCCAGACGGUUUUUGUGUUGAUUGGAAAGUUAAUGCAAAACUUAUUGCAACUAAAAACAAAACCGCUCCCACAGAGGGUGAAGGAAUAUUUCUUCAAAUCUACACAAAAAAAACAGUUGUUUUUCUCCUCCCGACGAGUGUGUUGUGAAACGGAGUGCUCAGGAGCGAUGUGCCUGUGCGUGUGUAUGUGCGUCAUUGAAUGUUCGUUAAUGUGUUGCUACUUGGGUUACUACAACCGUGUAUGAUAGUGUAUUCGGGUGCAGAGCUGGUGUAAGUGUGUGCAAACGGGUGUACGUACGUCCCAGCUAGUGUUCCCACUAGCUUUGUUGUAAGUGUUCGUGCGAUCGGUGUCAAGCAAUAGAGUGUUAUUAGUGAGCAAGCAAGUAAAUUUCAUUAACAAAGAAAAAAGAAAAACAAGUGCGAUUAGAAAAAAAAAUAAAAAGAAGAAAAAAUCUGCAAAUUAUACCAAAUGGUAAAAGAAGGAAAGAAUUUGUUUUUGUUUAUUUUGUGGUUGCUAAUUUAAACCGAAAAAAAAACACACAAAAAAAGGCAACAAGUGAAACGAUUUGUAACGAAGCGUUACACAAGUAAAACGGACACGUGAAUAAAAUUUGGACCAUGUGUCCAUUUCCGGUGUAGUGAUUUUUUUUACACAUUGUGCUCCACUUAAAACUAAGAGAAAACUUAGGCAAAGUUUGGUGGAAAAUUUAUCCUUACAAACGAUGCAGUGCAUUCGUAGUGUUGGUAACGGUGGCAGUGGUGGUGGUGGUGGUGGUACUGCUGGAGGUGGAGUGGAACGGAAGAUCCUGAUAAAGACGGAAGAUUCACGUGUUGUGGCGAAUGGUAAUGGCGUCAACGGUGCACACGAUGCCGAACGAAGGUCACAGGAAGUCAUGGACGAGUGUCACCCCGGUCCGGUUGGGAGCGAUUCGGACGAUAAGAAGCUGCCAACCAUGCCGGAGGUGCGAACGUUCGUAAUAAGCGAAAACCAGUGCAUCGUGUACGGUGCACGGUCCGGUGGAGGUAGCGAAGGUUCAAGGCCACCGGCCACGUCCACACCGCCAGCCUUACCUUCGUCGACGCUCCAGCAACUGCCCGUCUCCCAUCUGCCACCGAAGAAAACGCUCAAGCUGGCCCUUGGUCUACGGGGACCCACAAUAUCUUCUCCGACGACGACAUCGGCAGCGCGACAACCGUCGCCCCCACCCCUAACCCUGCGCCGGACAUCUGAGGAAUCGGGCCGGAUGAUGGCGCGGAUACAGAUCGUAUCCAAGGCGCACGCACACCCGUGCGAUGAUGGCCAACCCGUCCAGAACGGUGUGCUGGUGGGUGGUGGCGGACAGGGUGUGCACGUGAUAAGAGACGGGCGGUUCUAUCAACCUGCCACAACACCACCACAGCAGCAGCACCACGAAGAUGGUCGCUGUGACGUCAAGAAGGAGGAAGACCGGCCAGGUCCGGACCAUGCGAUGCUGCUGGACGAAGGAACAGCGCGUGGUUCGUACCGUGCGCCACAGCAGCAACACAGCAGCAUCAUCGUUACGAAUGGUGGCCGCAACUCGCCCACACCCACCACCCACCAUGGACGCCUUUCACCUGCCGGAAGUGGAGGGGUAGCGGUAGUGCAGCAUCCACACACUUCCAGCAGCAUCGCGACAACGACCACGAUACUCGUGUCGAACGAGCGUGCACCGAGCUAUAAGCCGGCAACGCAGGCUACCUCUACUACAACGACGGUUUCAAGCAGCAAGCAGCAACACAGCAGUAACAAUCAUCAUCAGCACGGGCACGUAACCUCAAUGCAGCCUCCGCCUCCACCGCCACCGCUGAAGCUGUCCAAGGGUGGCGGGGGACAUGAGGAACCGUCCAGUUCCAUGCCAGAUUUGGAAUUCGAUGGCACAACCGUCCUAUGCCGAGUGUGCGGUGAUAAAGCGUCCGGUUUCCAUUAUGGUGUCCAUUCCUGUGAAGGAUGCAAGGUAAGUGUGAUUUUUAUUAUAUUGCAAAUGGUUUUAAGCAAAGAAGGAAAUUUGUGAUCGAUAGAAAUUAUGAAUUAGGAUAGAAAUUAUUAUACAAACUUAGAUAAUAAAUGAAUUUAAUGUAGAAAGAAGUUUCUCGAAACUUCAUCACAAUCCACCUAAAUGAGAAAGGUUGUAGGCGUUUGAAGGAAGUGGUAAUUGGAUACGCAAAAGAUAAAAAAAAUAAUAAAAAAAACCUUCAACACCAACCAUCGUGCCUUCACUUCACGACCAUGAAAAAGUGUAAAAUAUUGUAAAACCUUUUCGGCGCAACUCUAACCUCAAAAACAUGGCAAAUGAGGAAAUCGACCCGGUGGUCAAGAACGUUCGAGUUUUCUGAAGGUUUUCCAUUCGAUGAAAAGCUACAAACGCGGGCUGCCCCAAAGUUGGUUGCAGAAGGUUCAUUCACACCACCGAACCGAAGCGAGCAAGGUGUUCAUAAAUUAAGGCUUUUUCUUCACCUUGUUGCUGUGGCACGGCCAGAUUGAAGCUAAACCAAAGGGAACACAGGUUACAGAAGCCAUUCACCUUCGUACGGUGUUACCUCCGGAAGCAGGUUUUUCGUUCAGUGACCUUUUUUUCUGCCGCUGCAAAAAAAGGGAAGUAGAAUGAACACACAAAACACAUAGUUUGCUACGAAAGAUUUGAAAGAGCAAACGCAGGAAUGAUUGGAAGAGAGAAAAAAACCCGAUUAUCAUCGUAAGCGCGAAGGAAAGCAGAAGUUUAUAGAAGUGGAAAAUUGAAGUAGAAAAUAGAAGCGAACUAGAAAAGGUUCUAAGCGUAGCGAGUAAAGCUAAAAAUAGCUACAUGUAAUAAGUAAAGAGACUAGAGAACGGAUGUGUAGAAAAGGUAACAAGCAAAAGUAACGAAGAGUAACGAUGAUAGUGCAAGAAACGAGAUAAGUAACAAGAAAACGCACAAAACGUGCGAACAAAGGUGUAAAGAAGAGGACGGUUGUGCAAGAAAAAAAGAGGCAAAGUAGAGAAGAAAAAAGAAACACAGAACAUACUACAGAAAUACAAGAAAGCUACCAAACGAGAAUAACAGCUGCUCUUUGCCGAUGGAGAUGGAGAGGGAGUGGGUGUACAUAGUUGCUGCUUACCCUUGGCUGUUCAACAUUGGCCAGCUGGUAUUGGUAUGUGGCAAACGCGAAAGGUUACUGACCCAAAGUCAUCUUCAUUCUUUCAACCCUCUCUCUGUCUUUGUACCGAUUUUUUUUUCAGAACCAUCUCUUAAGGUGCGAUGGUGGAAAUGGAACCCAAAUGAAGAAUGGAAAAACCUCCCCAAGUCACGUUUGGUGCUUGGGAAUGGAAGGUAGAGCGGGAUAAUAAUAUUGGCUAUUGUUUACCUUGCUGCUGCAUGAUUCUAUGAUUCGGUAGCACCUUUCCGAUGGAGAUUGUAACUGUUUUGUUAGAACAAACACGUUUGAAGGUUGCAUCCAGUUCGCAAAGGUGAAGCGAUGGAGUGAGCUGAGCAGCAUUCAUGACAUGCAUCAUCAUGGGCGACUCCUUCCUAACAUCCACUCUGCCAUCAAGAAAAAGGUCUUUGGGGAAAGGGGGAUGACUUUUGCCGUGGUGGCCAUGGUGCCACCGAAUGACAAGCCGCGAGUGAACGGCAAAGGCCGAUAAACUUCAUUGAUCGGUCAAUGACUGUGCGGACGGUCGUAAUGUUGAGCGAAGACGCGCUCGAACGGCUUUAAGUGAGAGGGGCUAAAUCGUGCCGUAAGAAUCAAAGUGGAAAGAAAAUAAUGAAGUAUUAAGAACCGG